AUGUCGAAAACCAGGAAGCCGCCGGCCCUUAACAAGGUGCCACGGAGAGAUCCGCUGGCUUCCUUGAAGAUGGCCGACAUGUUGAUAUCCAAACCAACACUUCCAGCAGAGGUUUUGGUUGUCGUAAUCGACCACCUGACGGUGCCUGAUCUGCUUCGGUUCGCCCAAGUAUCGCGCCGGAUGCACGAGAUGAUAUAUGACGAUGCACGAUGGGUGAAACGAUUGAGGAUGAUGGGGUGUUGGAAUGACGCUGAAGCGAGAAGAGCAGAGCCUCCAAGGACACCAACCACUCCAGGUCAGAGACAGAGCACAAUAGAUCGCCACUUGGUCAACGGGAAAGGAAGACCGGAAGUUUUGUUUGACAUGGAUGCGUCUCCAGUCAAUCAAGCCCGGCAACCGAACCUCCUGUCGCCCUUGAGGGUUCGAUCGGCGGCAGCAGAUGGGUUUGAUGUGGCUGAAAUGUUAAGCCCGCGCACCCCGGCCUCCACUGGACUAAAUGUCGACCAUGAUGCGGCAUUGUCAGCUCUCUCUCGGGUCAAAUCCAUUAGAGGUCAGGCCAGACAGGAAUACAGCAAGAUCUACAAACUGCUGGCCCCAUACUAUACCAAUCUGCUCUCUGCCUCCGAUCCGAUGCAGAGCCGUAUAUUCAAGGAUUUCACUCUUCCAGAUCAACAGGCCCAACUGCUAGCGAAUGUUCGAGUCUUCUCCGCUAGUGAUUUCUCUCCUGGUUCAAGAGAGAGAGACCGACACAUAUCGGAAGCCGUAGGCACGUUCGACACCGCAGCUCUCCUAGAGUUCCGGAAAGGAUAUGAGUUCAAGGAUAUCCAUGGAAGAAUGCGUCAGUAUGCACGGGUUAUGCAUAUCCUUAAUGGUGGGAAGAGCGGUAUCGACCUCUUCUUGCAUGACAACAACAUGAUCAAUCAAAGAGCAGAACUCGGCUCCGUGGAUGAUUGUAUCGACUACUCCCUGGGUUAUGGCCAGCUGUCCUUAGAAAGGGUUCAAGCAUACUUUGAACGAUUGGGUAAUGCCUUCAUACGAGAGAACGGCAUUGUUCAAGCCGUAUUUCCGGACGCCAUGGAGGUGUCUCUUCUUUUGCUUGAAGAAGUAGCCAAAGAGAUCCUCUCACCUUUUCUGUCGGCGUUGUUCGAAGAUGCUCGGACUCGAGGAACGUCCAUAUAUCUCCGAAUCAUUUCUGGAACGUUUCAGGCAACCAGGCAAUUUAUUGAGAAUGUUGCCCUCCCCGAGGACGUCGACGAGUCGACUAUAGCUCGAUGCAAUGCCAUUGGAACCGAGAUUUUUGCGCCUCAUCUCGAAACCUAUCUUGCUGAGGAGCUAGCUUUCUUUCGCCACAAAGCAGAUUCCGAAGUCGAACAGUGGGAUCGAGCCUUGUCUGAACAGGCCGCUUCGACAGAAAGCUUUCUCAUGUCCAAUGUUAACCGGCAAGCUGAUAAAAAGGACUUCAUGUCAUCAUUCAAACAAGUGCUCAUGAUGCCAGUCAAUAUUCUGCCUGUCUUCACAGGCUCCUCUACUCAUAAAGCAGGUCCUAAGAUCCUCGAUAGUGAUGUUGCUUCCUUGUCGAGACCAGCUACCCCUAGCCAAUCCGGGCCUCGGGCCAUGACUCUCUCUCUUCCUCAAGAAGCCCCAACCGACGAACUUGCAGCCAAAGCGGCUCUAAUGAAUUCCAAGCUCGAGAAUAUCCGAUCUCUAUUCUCUAUCGAAGUUGCUCUAAACCUCGUCCAUGCCGCCAAAUCUUCACUAGACCGUGCCGCUCAGUUCAUCGCCUUGGGAGGUGAAGCCGGCGAAUCCGCUCGCACGCAAUGUUCUGCAAUCUUCAUUUUGCUUGUACAAACCGUGGGGAUCCGUCAUGUCAAGACGGGCUUUGAUAGGGCCAUCGAUCACCUCUCACAUUACUCGGCCCGCGAGACGGACACCAAUUCGCACGGCGACUCGGCCCCAACGGACCAAGUUGCACCCCUCGCGACCUUUCUCGAACUCGUCAACGUCGGUGACCUCAUCCAACAAAUGCUCGAUGUCUUCUACGAAUCCGAGUUGGUGCGCUUACGCAUCUCCAAUCGUGACGACUUUCUCGACAUUAACGUGAAAGAGAAGCGCAAGUUCGAAGCUAUGCUUGAUGAGAGUGUCGCUGCCGGUUUGGGAAAAGGUAUUGACGUGCUAAUGGAUGAAGUCGAGUAUAUCUGCGCCACUACCCAGCUAGCCACCGAUUUCUAUCCAGAACUAGCCAUACAAGACGGCCAUGCCACGCAUCACGCGAGCACAAUGGCUACAAUGCCCGUGAUGGACUUCUCUGGCAAACCCACGGCGACCGCAUCGCGGGUGAUCAAGCUUGUCGCCCACCACACGGGCAUGCUCACAGGCGCGACCGAAAAGACUCUCCUCGAUGUUUUCACAGCAGAAGUCGGAUUACGGCUCUUUACCACUUUGACGAAACACAUCAAGCGUCAACGCAUCUCGUGCGCUGGCUCCCUCAACUUACUGAGCGACCUUACAGCAUACUCACAGUUCAUCGCGACGUUCAAGAACCCGGACUUGAACAGUUAUUUCACGGCCCUAAGGUCCCUGGCCCAGAUAUACUUGAUUGAAGGCACUAGUGACAGGGACGUAAGGGAGAUGAGCACGAUUAUUGCCGAUCAAGAGAGGUACAAAGGUGUAUUUACUGUUGAGGAGGUGGUCGAGUUUGCAGAGAGGAGGAGUGAUUGGUUAUUGCUGAGAGCCAGAGUCGAGGGCAAGGUGAAAGGGGAUGGCUGCAUACUCAUGUAG